CUGUGGCUGUAGCAGGUGUGUUCGUCUCAAUGCCAGUGGAUAUGCAGCCGCAUCAGGGGCUGUACCACUACAACAACACCGCCAACCAACCUAGCCGAGGACUGGCUCCGUCUGUCAGAUCGGUCUACAGCGAGGUGUCGUCUGUGUGUGUGGCGCCGCCUGACAGCAGAGAGAUGUACAACCCCUCUAUGACCCCAGGAGCCUGUAUGGACCCCUACAUGCGGCCGCCACACGCCCCCCCGCCGCACGGCAUGAUGGGACACCGAGGGAUGCCUCCGCCAGAGAGUGUCAGUGGCGCCCCCUACUGUAACCAGAGCAUGAUGGCAUCUCAUCACAACCUCACGCAUAACCAGCCGGGAUUCGAACACAUGGCAUCAGGAGACGCGUCUUGUUUCUCGACGCCUCGCUCCAUGCUGAAGCUGAGUAAGAAGCGUGCUCUGUCCAUCUCGCCGAUGUCUGACGCCAGCGUGGACCUGCAGACGGUCAUCCGCACCUCGCCCAACUCUCUGGUGGCGUUUGUGAACUCGCGCUGCGGGCAGAACGCUGCCAGCUCAUACGGGCAUCUGUCUGUGGGAGGCAUGAGUCCGUCGUUGGGUUUCUCCAGCUCCAUGAACUUCCCGUCCAGACCGCAGGGCAUCAUGUACGGCUCUCCGCUCUCUCAUCCCGUCCCAUCAUGCCUCGGGCCGCCGCACAACCCCAGACUUCACGCUCCGCACAAACACACACACCACAUCAAUAACGAGCACAUCCACGGGGAGAAGAAGGAGUUUGUGUGUCACUGGAAGGAUUGCUCUCGAGAGCAGCGGCCCUUUAAGGCCCAGUACAUGCUAGUGGUGCACAUGCGCAGACACACGGGAGAGAAACCUCACAAGUGCACUUUUGAAGGCUGUAAUAAAGCGUACUCGCGUCUGGAGAACCUGAAGACUCAUCUGCGCUCGCACACCGGCGAGAAACCGUACGUGUGUGAACACGAGGGCUGCAACAAGGCUUUCUCCAAUGCAUCAGACCGUGCAAAGCACCAGAACCGAACACACUCCAACGAGAAACCAUACGUCUGUAAGAUCCCCGGCUGCACGAAGCGCUACACCGACCCGAGCUCUCUGAGGAAGCACGUGAAGACGGUACACGGACCCGAGGCUCACAUCACCAAAAAGCACCGCGGAGACACCGGACCACGUCCUCCAGGUCUGACCAAUGCAGGACAGAGCUCUGAGCUUCUGAUAGAAAAAGAGGAGAGAAGCAGAGAGGACUGCAAAUUACUCGCUCCAGAAACCGCACUGAAAUCCCAACCAAGUCCUGGUGGCCAGUCAUCCUGUAGUAGUGAACGUUCUCCACUAGGGAGCGCCAACAAUAACGACAGCGGAGUGGAGAUGAACCUCAAUGCGGCGGGGAGUCUGGAGGACCUGACCACACAAGAGGAGAGCGGGAUCACCAGCGUGUCCGAGUCCGGCGGAGGCUCGGGGGGGAUGUGCAUGUCUGUUCAGGCCUUGAAGAGGUUGGAGAACCUGAAGAUCGACAAACUAAAGCAAAUUCGCCGGCCAACACCACCUGGGCGGAGCGCAGGGAACAAACUGACGGCUCUUUCAGCAACAGGAGAGAUGAUGGGCAUGUGUGCGCCUUCACCCUUGCUCUCUAACCGGCGUAUAAUGCAGCUUUCUGCCCCGGAUCUGGGUGGAGUUAGUGGAAUGGGAAUGCCCUGCCCACCGAACGACCGGCGGGGCAGCGGCACCAGCAGCCUCAGCUCUGCCUACACAGUGAGCCGCCGUUCGUCCAUGGUCUCCCCCUACCUAUCAAGCAGACGCUCAAGUGACGUGUCCCAAGUGGGUCAUUGCCAGUCCGUGAUGGGGGCCGAUGUUCCCAGCGACCCGCUGUCUCCUCAGAACAGCCAGAGGGGCGGCUCAUGCCAGAUCUCUGGGGGAUUGCCAGGUCUACCGAGUCUGACUCCUGCGCAGCAGUAUAGUCUGAAGGCUAAAUAUGCAGCAGCAACAGGUGGUCCACCGCCCACCCCGCUACCCAACAUGGAGCAACCUGGAAGAUUCCUGAGGGAAAGCCAUGGCCAACCUCUUCCUCCAUUUCUGCAGCAAGGCGGCACAAGGAGGCACAGUGCUAAUACCGAAUACGGCACGGGAGUGAUCUAUCCGCAUCAGGCACCUGGCAACAACACAAGGCGCGCCAGUGAUCCAGUACGCUCGGGUGCUGACCCGCAGGGUUUACCCAAGGUGCAACGCUUUAAUAGCUUGAGCAACGUGUCCCUUAUGAGUCGCCGCAAUGCACUGCAGCAGUGCGGGUCUGAUGCCGCUCUCAGCAGGCACAUGUACUCGCCUCGUCCACCGAGCAUCACUGAAAAUGUCAUGAUGGAGGCCAUGGAGAUGGAUCCUCAUGGGACCGCCGAAGGCAGAGAGCAGGGCAACAUGAUCCAGGGUGGAGACAGAGUCUACAUGGGCUACCAGCAUCUUCACCACCACCCUCACAAUGCAAGUCAACUGUCUCCCAGACAAGAAGGUCUGAGCUGCAUGGAUCAAGUCUACCAGUCUCAAAUGCAAGGUCCGUACCAGCGUGAGGAGAUCUGUGCCACCGGGAUGAUGGGUCAGGGUGACAUUGCGAACAGUCUUCUACAGCAAGCUGAGUACGGCAUGAGCAACUGUCAGCUCAGCCCCUCCGGUCCACAUUAUCCCAGCCUUGCUGAUGGAUCAGGACCCUGGGGACAGACCAACCAUCUCCACAGCCCUCAGACCAAUACGCAGUACCAGGGUGCAGGCAUGCAAGGACAGCACUACCCUCAACAGGGUGUAUACGACCCUACAUCUGACACUGGCCAUCAAAGAGUUACUGUAAAACCAGAGCAAUUCCAUUCAUCCAUGGGAGGAUCAAGUUCCUGCCAGAACACCAAACCUCUACACCAGCAUCGGCAUAAUGCGAAUAUGCAGGCGUAUCCACCGCAGUCGCAAGGUCGGGGCCUCAUGAGCAGAUCCUCCAAUGUGAAUUGUGACUUCCUUCAUGGACAGAUGGGAACGCAAGCCAGUCUUCCGCAGCAGAGCCAGGCGGGAUCGUUCCCAAGCGGCGGAGGGAUAAAUCUUGCACUGCCGGAGAGCCGCAGGUCACAGACGCCAAUGCAUCAGAUGAAGGAAAUGAUGGUGAGGAACUAUGUGCAGUCCCAGCAAGCUCUCCUGUGGGAACAGCAGCAGGAGCAAAGGGUAGUCGAUGGUCUCUCUGGGAAGCCCGAUGGCAUGGACAUGGGAGGACAAACAGCGACGAUGCAGCACAGCCCACAGCAUCAACAAGCUAACCAGAACCUUUAUCCUGGUAACUCUUUCCAAGGCUACCCGAAUCAGAACUUGAUGAGCCCACUGCAAAAUAGAGUUCCCGGUUCCAUCAAGGAGCAUACAACUGGGAUGCAGGGAUCCUGCUACGGGCCGGACAUGGUGCCACGACCACCUCAGGGACAAAAGCCUCUGAGUCGCCAGAACAGCCUAUCACAGCAGGCAGGUGGAGCUUACCUGGGCAGCCCGACUCACCUGAGCCCGGUCCACUCCACCGCCAGUCCCAGAAAAGCUGUGCGGCUCCCGCCAGUUCAGCAGCAGCAUUCAGAAAACUUCACCAAUAGCAACAACCCCAUGUACUACUCAGGCCAGAUACAUAUGCACCACGACAUAGAGAAGACUCAGGAUGGACCAUGCCUGGCCCAGCAGCACCUGACAGGGAUAGACCCUAAUACCAAGCCCACAUCGAUGGCCUACUCGGACCCUGCACCCAUGUCCAACGCCUUAGAAAACCUGGACUUGGAGAACGCUCAGAUUGACUUUGCUUCCAUCAUUGAUGACCCAGAACCUUCAUCUUACAGUCCAAUAAACCCACCGCUGGGUCACCACCAGUGCUCCUCUCAGACCUCCUCCCGUCUCACCACACCCCAAACCUCCAUCACCCUUCCAAGUGGCCUCUCUAAUAUGGCAAUUGGGGACAUGACCUCAAUGUUGACAUCCCUUGCUGGGGAGAACAAGUAUUUGAACACAUUGUCUUAAAGUGUUUAUACAUAUAAUUGGGCCAAAGUGAGCAUGUAGACUCUAUUGCCCUUUCGACACUAGAGGUUCCUCUGGACGUCCCUUUUCUUGCUCAAAGGCCAGGUACUAAUGGUUCUGCUGAUGUCCUACAUGGGAUCUCACAGAUUUUGCAUAAUAGUUUUGUAAUUGUGUGAAAUAUGUUGCUUAGCAUUACCAGAGAGGCCUAAUGACUAUUACUGAAGAGGCAUUCCAGUCACUACUGUGAGACUGUUUACGAUGGAAAUCUUUGUUUAAAAUGUAAAUAUGAGCUUUGGACUGUAAAUGGUGGCGAGAUAGUAUAACGAAAAUCAACUUUUUGAUACAUAUACAGACUUGGACUGGCACAAAGGCCACAUGAGCUCUACAUAGGAAGACUGAAAUACUAAGUGAGCGAAUGUGUAAAGGAAGAAGCUGGUUGGCACAUUCUCUAGAAGUACUGGUAAAGACAGGACUCAAGUGCCUUUGACCAUUGUGGCCUCUUUGAUUCCUCACAGGUACGACAUGUUGGAGAAAACUCGUCAGAUGAGACACAUGGACACUCGGACAGAUGGAUAAACUCAGUAUGAAGCCCAAAGUAUACUUCAGUUCAUGAACACUUGGUGUAUGAGUACAGCCAAAUGCAUAGCCCUUCAAAGUAUACUCCACUUAAUAGUGCACAAAAACACAGGCGGCCGACACAUGCGCACUAGAAAGUUGAAUCUUUGUCGAUGUCUGCGCUAUUCCUCUACAGAAGUUAUGAGCAAUAAAAAAAUAAGUCUUUGUACUCUUUUAAACUAGCAGUUGUGCCUCCAGUAGAUUGCCGUUCCAUGUCGUUUCUUUUUCUACCGUGAAACAACCAAUGUCGCCACCUUGUGGAGCAACUAAUUAGUGCAAAUAAGCUGUUUGCACAAGCUGAGGGUAAAGAGUACAUGCAUUGGGCUUAAGAGAAAGAGUGCUCUCAGUAAAACGCAUGGCUAACUGUCAUAAUGGCAAAUUACAUAACAGUAUUUUGAAGCCUUGUCAAUUAUCUCUAGGUCUAGACAGGAGCCUUUGAGUCAUUAUAUUCAUUCAAAGUUUUAGUGUUUGUUUUCUGAUUAUUUGACUAGUCUGCUUUCAGACAGAUACGUUAAAGGGUAACGGCACUGAGUGGUUUUUUGUAUGGUUUCUUUUAGUCUACGCUGCGCUACAUAACCCAAGCUAGCAUGCAUAUGCAUUGCACUGACAACAGCACUGAGCUGAGGAGAAGUGAUGAAUUUUUAUUAAAGGCUCCAUAUAGUAUGAAAGGUACAUACAGUGCAGGUAUUUGGUUUUAAGUCUACUUUGUCUACAUUGUGCCUAACUCAUUUUAUCAUUUAAGUGUUAUCAAGGGCUGCGGUUCGAAUGCAACCCUUUAAAAAUCCCAGUGUUUCCACUUUCUGUGGCAUACCAAAGACGACCGGCACUGAGACGAGUCCACACUUGAUAUUUGCUUGACACAACGUCAUGUGCUUCCAUAUUGCUGUGAUAAAGAAUGUUACGAUGUUCUUUUUAUCAUUUCCUCUUUUU